GACUACUCCUCAAGCUCAAACACUCAAUCUGCUGCUGCUCUAUCUGCUACGAUGCUCUGUACUCUGCUCUGAUUUGCUUGAAUUGCUCUAUACUAUAGCUACUGCCAUGGACAGGGACAAGCAGAAGCGCGCCUUAGCUACAGGCGAACUCAAGUCCAAAAGGAACAAACACAGGAGCACGCCAGACAAGCAGCGCUCAGAUAGGCUCAAGCAGGCGAAACUCACAACGCUCGAGUCGCCCAUCAAGUCUGUUGCCCAAAGUGUCAAUGACAGGCGGAAGCCUUCAGGUGACAAAGGAGCCAAAAGACCAGAGGCUAGUCUCUUUUCAGAUGAUGAAGAUACCUCCAUCGAUGAGUUGGUCCAAGUAUCUGGACCAGCACCGAAGAAAACUGCGCAGGAACUUGGCUUGAUCUUCAGCAGCGAGGAGGAAGAAGAAAUUCGCACAAAAAGCAAGUCGAAUGCACGCAAGAGGAAGAGGGACGAAGACAAGCACGUCUCCGUCAAGCACACUUCAGAGCCACGUCACGCGAACCGUUCCAAAACGUACCAAAAGCAGAGCAAGAUUAAUUUUCGACCAGGCACAUCGCGUGUCUCGACACCAGAUAGCGAGGAAGAGGCAUUUCGCACCAUCAAGCUCGGCGAGAGUGAUCGCUCGCGUGCCCAACACAGCACCAUCAUUGACUUGGAUGAAGCGCCCGAUGAGCCUCGCCAGAGAAAUAAACCACUGACAACCUUGGUAGACGAUGAAGAUAGCGAGGAUGAGCUCAUCACCCCUGCGCGUCGUCGGAGGCGAUACUUGCCACCACCUGACGAGGAGGAAGACCACAAACCGUUCGAAGGCGAAGAUAUGGAUGCCUAUGAAGAUGAAGAAGCUCCUGGUUACGAUAUCGACCAGCGUCAACUCGCCAUCAAGCCUGCCAAUUCCGGCCGGAAUGCUGGCAAGAAGCAAUAUCGUUCAGCAUUAGAGAAGCUAAAGCGACGCAAAGCAGGGCUACCUUCAAGUAGCGAAGCAUCUGAUGCAGAUGACACAAAUGUGCUGGAUGACGAUGUGGAUGAGCGGCAGUCGCUUGGCUCUUUCGAGGUCUCUGGUGAUGAAGAAAUUGAAGUGUACAACCCAAGGACUGGCCUUGAAGAAUUGGAUGGAGAGGUACCAGCCGAGUAUAUGCAGCCAAGGACACCACUCGAGCUCUUCAAAAUUUGCUGUCAGUGGGAGGUCAUUGACUUGAUUUUACCGCAAGGAGGCCUAGAGCCCGAUCGCUACUUCAAGACCGCAAUUAACUGGCUUCGCGAUCGGACAGCAGCAAAGGCAGACAUUGCACUCAGUUCCAUUUGGAAACGCACCUUCAUGCGUGCUCUGCAAAAUGGACCUGAUCUAGCAGCAGUUGAGACGGGCAAUCUUGGGUACUACUGUGACGCCUGUGGUCGCUCCAACCGUAUUGCUACCUAUGUUGUGCGGUUUGAAGGGAGUCGCUACGACCACGUCACGCUCGAAGACUUGGAUGCAGAUGCAGACUCGUCUGAGGAUGACCUGUACGUUGAUGCAGCCCGACUCGAUGAUCCAAUAGAAGAGCGUAAACGUCAGGAACGUGCCUUGAGGCAAGAAUUCAACCUGGGUGUCAACUGCUUUGAGCGGACAGAAGUGGUGCAUGAGCUCUUCCACCUGCGCAAGCAUCUUCGAAUGGACAUUGCCGACAAGUUGAGUGAAUGGGGACACUUUUCAGCCGUCAACAAGUAUGCAAGGAGUAUUAUGACGCACGAACAGCGUAUUGAGCAAGCAAAUGAAAUCACAGAGGCACUCGACAACAAGAAAGUCAUGGCACGAUGGUGGUCGAAAUACAAGGACAUCAUUGAGAGGGGCGAGCAAUUCAUUGUGGAUCCCAAUGUCGGCAAGCGGCGCGGCAAGUAUGUCGUCGGGUAGAUGAAUAUCUAGUGCUUCACAUACUUGAAACAAUCUCAUCUAGCAUAAGAGCAGCGAAGGAUCAGCCUU